AUGGACGACCAAAAUAAUUUGAUGAGGCAGCUCCUCAACCAAAUAAACUUGGCUCAAAACCUUGGCCUUGGACAACAGGGCGAAGAGAUAAGGAUGGACGAACGCGCUGAUGGGCAGUUCAAUGGGUACCAGGCUGAAGACGUGCUAAUGUGCAAAGUGUUUGCAAUGACUUUGGGAGGAGUAGCUCAGGACUGGUUCCACACCCUACCAUCCGGGUUGAUCAGCAGCUUCAAUGAGUUAGCUUACAUCUUCACCAAAGAAUACAUUUCUUACCGGACGAUCAAGAAGAACCCUGACCACCUGUACAAACUGCGCAAGAAGUCCGAUGAAUCCAUUCGAAAUUACAUCAAGAGAUUCAAAGCAGAAAAGGCUAACAUUGUAGGAUGCGAUGGCCGAAUAGCAUCCUCUGCUUUCAAGAAAGGUCUUCCAGCUGAGCAUGACUUAUACCGCGAGCUGACUAUCACUCCCAGCCAGACUCUGGUAGAGGUCUUCGCUACCGCAGAAUGCUAUGCGCUCUGGGAGGACGAUCGAAUCACAACGAAAACCAAGUGGACAAGCCAAAGAAGUGACAGGAUUAGCAACAAGAAUAAGGACAAACGUAGGUCGCACCCACAAGGACACGCUACGGCAGAAGAGAACUACAUCAAGUUCUUCAUCCUCAUACAUCAAAUCUUAGCCCAAGUAAAGGACAAACCUUGGGUAAGAAAAUCGCCUCCCUUGAAAGGAGAUCCAGACAAGAGGGAUAUCAUAAAAUACUGUGCCUUCCAUAGGACGCACGGGCACACUACGAAUAACUGCCUUGCCUGGAAAGCACACCUCAAAAAACUCGUGAGAGAAGGUCACUGCACGGAAUUCAAUGCGAAGCAGGCCAUCCAGAAGAUUGAGGACCGUGAUACCGCUAAGGAGCCACCCCAAAAAUUCAUAAAUAUUAACACAAUCCUAACUGACUCUGAGGAGUCUGGUCUGACCAACAAAGAAAAGAAUAGGAAGAUCAAACAAGCCACUAUAAUCUCCCAAAUCCUGACUGGCCUUCCACCAGCAAAAGACGAUCCCGUGAUCGAAUUCCAAAAGAAAGAAAUAAUCAACCUCGAUAUGCCACACAACGAUACCCUUGUCAUCAGCAUUCGAAUCGCUUAG